GUUAUUUCAAUUUCAAAAUAAUUUUAAUAAAAAAAAUUUUGUAAGCUGCAAGCUCAUCAAAUUUCCACCUGAAGUGAGUAGGCCUUGUUCGUAUCCAUCGUCCGUCGCCAAAUUAUUUUGUUUGUGAAUGAAAUUUCUGAAUUAUUGCGUAUAAAUGGCUUUAGUUGAGUGUCCAGCUCUUCCGAAGGGAUGGAAACGGGAAGAAAUAAUUAGAAAGAAUGGUCUUUCUUCUGGAAAAAUUGAUGUUUACUAUUAUAGCCCUUCUGGGAAAAGAUUUCGGAGCAAACCUCAGCUAGCCAGAUAUUUAGGAGAUGCUGUUGAUCUUAGUACUUUUGAUUACAGAACUGGGAAAAUAAAUUCAUUACUUUUGAGGAAAAGUAAAAGGCAAAGAGGCACUCAAUUUGAUUAUAACCGUGGAAUUCGGAAUGAUGCUUCUUUAGUACCACCGAUCAGACAAACUGCAUCCAUAUUUAAGCAACCUGUUACUGUCGUGAAAUCAACUGAUGGCAAAGUUAGAUCUGAUUUCAAGCAUGGGCCCCAAGAUAAACCUAAACAGUUAUUUUGGGAAAAAAGAUUGCAAGGGCUCAAAGCUUCUGACAUGGAUGAAGAAGCAUUCAAUAAUUUUGAACUUCCCAAGAACAUGAAAGGUGUCGGACCUGACCUUACUGAAGAAACCUUGCUUAGAAGCAUUGCAACUGCACUACAUGUGAGUGGUCAACCAAUUGUUGGUCAGACUAACUCAAGAGUUGUUUUAGAUAAAAAUCCCAGUGUUUAUAUUAACCCUGAACAACCCCUAGUUCAGGCUAUAGUUGUAACGGAGGAAGAUAUAAAAAAACAAGAAGAAAAAGUUCUGCUUGCUCGCAAAAAGUUGCAAGAAUGUUUGAAAGAACUUUGUCUUUAAAUUUUUCUGGAAGUUCUUCAUUUUGAGUUGGAAAGAAUUUAAUUCUUUGUUGUAGAUAAGUGUUUUUUGUGAUUGUUUUUAUACAAAGCAUUUAUAAUUUAUAUAUUUCAUUUACUUUCAUUUUACAUUUUAUCAUGUUUUAAGUAUUUCGACAUAUAUUUAGAGAAAAAUUGAAUCUUUUUGUCAAAUUAAACUACAUUUUACUCGUAAUGUAAAAUUGUCUAAGUUGUUAUGAAAAUGGUUGUUUUUAUUUCAUACUAUUGAAGAAAUUUUAUUUCACACUGACACUUAUCCCCAAGUUCAACAAAUACUGGUUGAAAAGAAGAAGAAAAAUAUUAUGAACAAGAUUAAAUGUAAAUUUAAAAUGACAUGAAUUGGAAGACUCGUGUGAUGAUUUUUUUUUUUUUUUUACAUGAGAUUUCAGUUUGUUAAAAAAAUAAAUACAGAAUUAUGUUUAAACAUAGGAUUUUUUUAGAAACAUUUAUUUUCAAUUGGCACUAUGCAAUUAAUUUUUUACUGGCUAUUUAAAAAAUAUAAUAAUAAAAUUUUGGAUUUGUGUUCAUGUGUUCUCACAUUUACAUAAACUGAGACCUAAUGCAUAAAUGUUAUUUUUCAUGCACUAUGCUUGAGGAAUAAAAUGUCAUUUGCAGAUAUUUAAUUGUUUAAUGCUAUUUGCACAAUUUUUUUAUAAAAGCUGAAUUUGAAAUCAUUUUUUAUAUUUAUCAAAAAUAACUUUUUAUGUGUUUAGUCAACAUUUAAAUUUUUUGAAAAAAAUCUGCAAAAGUUUCAAUUUUAUAGAUCUCUAGAAAUUCGCUGUGAUUUAAUUUUCUCUUGUUACCUGUUUUUCAACAGCAAAACAUUUUUUAAUACUUUUUUAAUAUCAGAAUUUUUAAUUCAAUUAUAUAAAUUAAUUUUGUUUUCCAAUUUUUCCAAUGAUAUUGUAGUAAUGUGAGGAUUUAAUUUCUUGUAUGAAAAGGCAUGUCUUGGAAUUUUUUUAAGGUAGUUUUAUUUUCUCUUUAGUUUACUAAAAAUUUGAGGCUUAUUUAGGUUUCAUUUAUGCUAAUGAAAAUGUAAGAGAGCUGAUAAAAUUUUGAGUUUAGUAUAUAGCUAAAAAUUAAAUUUUUUAUUUAUAAUUUAAAAUUUGUGUCUGUAUAUAUAUAUAUAUAUGCACGCACAGAGUGAUUGACAAUUACCUAAUCAACCAUGAAAUCCAAUAAUACUUACCUUAAGAAUAUAAGAUAUUGUAGGUUAUGUUGUUUGCUGUAUGUGUCUCAGUAGCAAAGGAGAUUUUUUUGUUGGACCAAAUUUAAAGUGAAACAAAAACUAUGAGUCAUUUGUAUACAUUUUUAAAUGAAGUUAAUUUUUGUUAAUAUUAGAAUUUUAAUUCAUCUUCAAUAUACACUGUCUGCUAAAUUGUUACAAUCUUGCUUUUUUAUAAACAAAGCAGAAAAUUUCAACAAUUAUCUAACCUUUAUGCAAGCAAGGCAAAUAUUGAUUAAAUCAUUACAUCUGUGGAAAAUUGAAUAGACAAAGAAAAUCAAUAGUGUCCAUAGUAAAAAUUUAAUUAGUUAUUGCAUACUAAAGAUUAUGUUGAAUAAGGUUAAAAAAAGCUUUAGAAUGUUGCCUUCAGUAUUGUACUAAAGCUAAGUUUAUGUUCAAUUUUUGUUUUACUUAAUGGGUUUUAAUGGUAACAGGGUGCGUAGCAUUUUUAAAAGUGGUUGAAGGUGCUUAUUUUUGUUUUUUAAAAGGCCUUAAAGGUGCUUUUUUAAUUGGGUGUUUUUAAAAAGUGCUUAAUUUUCUCUUUUUCAAACUGAGAUUUUUCCUUUGAAUUAUGCAAAAAGAUACAGUUCAGAUUGCGCUAUUCAACGUUUUAACAAUUCAUUCAAGCCCAUUCUAUUUUGGGGUAUUGUCAGCGCGUAGUGUAUGAAAACGCCAUUAGUUUUACAUGAUUCAAAAUUUCAUGAUGUUUGACAAUUGUCAAAAACAAUGCCAAUUUUUUUUUUUUUAAAUGACAUUUAAAACAAGAUAAAACCGUCAAUUGUCAAAAAAUUUCCAACCCUGCCUAAUUAUGAUAUUUUUUUAAAGUGCGUAAAAAUAUUUUUUAAAUGCUUAAAAGGUGCUUAUUUUUUGUUGAAUAAUUUGGCUACACACCCUGGGUAAUAUAAUUCUGGUUAACUUUUUACAGUUUCUGAAAAAUUGACAAUUAGAUCUUCUCAACAAUUUGCUCCUUAAUUACUGUUUUUUUGUUAUGCAUCUGAUGAUCUUAAAUGUAAUUUUGACUUAAAAAUUGAAAAACUUGAGGGCAUCAUUUAAGUGUCCUUUCAAAAACAUUUAAAUUUCUAUGUUUAAGAGUAUGUUAUGAUUUGCCCUAUAAUAGAAAAAAAUGGAUAAUAACGUCAUAUAAUUAUUUUUUCUUCAAAUUAUUAAAAACACACUAAUUACUUUCUACCAUUAAAUAUUUAGAAAAUAGUGAUUGAUUUAUUGACCUAAUAUUGAUUUAGUUAAACUUUUUGGUGUCCUUCCGUUAUCUUGUUUGCAUCGUUUUAUCUUUUGCAAAGUGAUGGAUUCUGUAAGAACACAUAUGUAAUAAAUUUUAACUGUUGUGAAACACUAGACAUACUAUCCCUAAGUAAUUAAAAUGAAAGGAAAAGCUUACUGUAUGCAUAAAUGUAGUUUUAAAUAUCUAUUUUACUUUUUUAUUUUCUAAUAAAUUUUUAAAUUUUUGUUGUCA